CCGGCGGCGCACGUUCGGGGUCCAGCCUCCAGCCGCCGCGGCAGCGGUGCCGCCUCCGCCCCGGGGCUCCGGCUUCCAGCCUGGCCCGCCCGGGUUGCGGGCCAUGGAGCUCCGAGCAGCGGAUCGAGAGCAGCCGGAGCGCCCCAGCGCGUCCUCCUGGUUAGCGCCUGGCCAGGGGAGGGGGCCGUGGAAUCGGGGAGAAGAGGGGUGGAAAUCCCUCGUCUUAUCCUGCCCCAGGCCUCUCCGUUCAUCUCGCCUGUAGGGAGGUGCCUGGCCCCCACCCCUUCCCAGCGUGAGGCCUGGAGACGGCAGCCCCCUGGCUGCUGAGCAGCGGCAACAGCAUGAAGGCCCCGGGCCGGCUCCUGCUCAUCAUCCUGUGCUCCCUGGGCUUCUCUGCUGCCUACAUCCUGCUGUGCUGCUGGGCCUGCCUGCCCUUCUGCCCGGCCUCCUGCCUGGACCCCCACCUGUCCACCCACUCCAGGCCCACCGUGCCAGGGCCCCUGCACUUCAGUGGAUAUAGCAGCGUGCCAGAUGGGAAGCCGCUGGUCCGAGAACCGUGCCGCAGCUGCGCCGUGGUUUCCAGCUCCGGCCAGAUGCUGGGCUCAGGCCUGGGCGCCGAGAUUGACAGUGCUGAGUGCGUCCUGCGCAUGAACCAGGCACCCACUGUGGGCUUUGAGGCAGACGUGGGCCGGCGCAGCACCCUGCGCGUGGUCUCGCACACGAGUGUGCCGCUGCUGCUGCGCAACUACUCACACUACUUCCAGCAUGCCCGAGACACGCUCUAUGUGGUGUGGGGCCAGGGCAAGCACAUGGACCGGACGCUGGGGGGCCGCACCUACCGCACGCUGCUACAGCUCACCAAGAUGUACCCAGGCCUGCAGGUGUACACCUUCACUGAGCACAUGAUGGCCUACUGCGACCAGGUCUUCCAGGACGAGACGGGCAAGAACCGGAGGCAGUCGGGCUCCUUUCUCAGCACUGGCUGGUUCACCAUGAUCCUCGCCCUGGAACUGUGUGAGGAGAUCGUGGUCUAUGGGAUGGUCAGCGACAGCUACUGCAGGGAGGAGAGCCACCCCUCGGUGCCUUACCACUACUUUGAGAAGGGCCGGCUGGAUGAGUGUCAGAUGUACCUGGCGCAUGAGCGGGCGCCCCGCAGCGCCCACCGCUUCAUCACUGAGAAGGCUGUGUUCUCCCGCUGGGCCAAGAAGAGGCCUAUUGUGUUUGCCCACCCAUCAUGGAGGACCCAGUAGCCCCGUCACCCAGCCAGCCGCAACGCCUUCCCCAGGCCUCUGUUCAACACUCCACUAAAAAUUUAUGGAUCCUGUCUCCUGCCACAUGCCUACUGGACCUAAGGUCCCUUUGUGCCCUACCCUGGGGACACUUGGAGCCAUCCUAGGACUUGAGAGGGAGAAGAGGACUGUGGCGACCUUGGCGCCCUCCUCACCCCACUCCCUGAGUCAUCCAAAUCUUCAUCCCUUCUCUGGGUCUGUCCAGUGGCCUUUGCCCUGGGGCCGAUGGCCCCCCACUCACCAGCAUCACAAUCUUUGAUCUUGCUCAACAGCCCUGGUCCUCCCUUACACUCCCCCUUCUACUUGCCUUUGGUGCCACACUUCCCAGGCCGGUUGCCUUGGUCAGGGCAGCUUGGAGCUUGGGGUUCGUUGGGCAAAGGGGCCUUUGAACUGUGACUGUCAGGGCCAUCUCUGCAGUGUACGGGUAAACGUGUGUUUU